AUGGACUCGCAGAGUCCGAGAACUUCGAGGUCUCGUUCCUGUACUCCCCCACUAGGGUCGCCGCAACCUCCGUCUCGAUCCCGAUCCAACUCCAAAACUAAAACCAAACCUCAGUCAACAUGCAAUGACAGGGCUUCCCCAGACCUGCUCCUUGAUGAGGCCAGACGACGCAGAAGAGAAAAUAAUUUAAAUGCUGGCACGAAGCGAAAGCGAUCACAACUGAAAACUACAUCCCGAUCCGACUGCAGAACAAGCGCUCCCCUAGACCAGCUCCUUGUUGAGGCCAGACGGCGUAGAAGAGAAAAUAAUUUAAAUGGUGGUAAGAAGCGAAAGCAAUUUCCACCGAGGGAAUGCGAAUCAACAUCAAAAUCAAGAUCAAGAUCAAUAUCAAAAUCAAGAUCAAUAUCAAAAUCAAGAUCAAGGUCUCACAGCCCAAAGUGA